AUGUUACAGCAAGGUCUUGCUGCUCUCCUGAUUUUGGUCUCUUCGGUAAAAUAUACCGUAACGUUUUAUUUCAUCUUAUUUUUAGAGUAGUUUGGCUCAAGACUUCUUUAAUACGGACUCUUGUGGUCAAUCUCUCGGUUGCUGGACAUUUCCAACUAACUGUAAACCAGAAGAAUGUCACGGAAUAGUCAGAUGGAGAGUGGAAGGGGACAAGAUUCACCUCGAUUUGCAGGUCUGAAUCUCAUCUUACCAUUAUUCGAGUUUAGGCCAAAGAUCUUGACAAUUCGGUAGAUGUUGGACGAUAUAUUUCUGUUGGAAUAAGUGAAGAUGCCAUCAUGGUCGGUUACGGAAUCCACAAAAAUAAUGGAAGCGGCAACAUUGUUAAAAGCAGAAUAUUUUCAGGACAAUGAUACUGUAAUUGAAUGUAUUUUCAAAGGCGGAAAGACGGUGGACACAUUUAUCUCUUAUAAUGAUCAUCAUGACAAUGUUCAACUGUAUGAUGUAAGAUUAUUGUUAGGAAAAACAAAGGAAAUCUGACAAAGUUAAUUUUGCAAUUUAGGCCUCAACCAACCUCCUUGAGUUAGUGUCGGGUGCCCGGCAUGAUGAACGCAUGAUGUGUCAGGUCAUCUUGGAUUACGGUAACUUGAGGAAAGUCCAGGAAGGAGAAAGAGAGACGGUUAAGGAUAUCAGGGAAGGAGAAUGGGUUCUUAUAUUCGCUCAGGGAGCUGCUGAUCUCAAGAGUAAGGAUUAAAACUUUUUUAAAGCUUUUGAUUGAAUCUCUUAAAUAGAAAUAUAUUGUAGCCGGCGAGAAGUACAUGCAUUCUUAUUACCCUUGGUCUACUCAGGAAUUGGUUCAGUUUUGCGCAGAUUGCGAUCGGAGUGUUACUGUUGUCGAAAGGACGUUUCCACAAAGGGCGCGACGAAUGAGGAAGUAA